AUGUCUGAUGACUUUGACUAUUGGGAUGACAAUGACGAUGAAGAUUCUGGAUCUACUAAUAAUGAUAACUCAGUUAUACUGCAACCUAUGUCUGGCAAAGAGCUACAGGAGUUGUCUCCCGACAAAAUGGCCGCCUAUGAGGGCAACUACGAGUCGGCUAUUAUGAAAGAGACCGUUAAUUUUGGUCGUCAACUAAAACAAUGCGAAUCUAUUGUUACCGCUGCCUAUCAAGUGGCCGAUUAUGUGCCGGAAAUUAAAAAUGAAGAACAAACCAAAUUCUGGAAACAAACUAUUAUUCCCAUUUUGGUGGACAGCCUUAAACAGGAUGUAUUGGCCCGAUCGGCAAUAACAACCAGUUUUGCAGCCGUACGCGAUCUGUCUAUUACUAUACAAAAGGCCUACGAGAUUGUUAAGUCUAGCAAAGGCAGUCAGACAGCCAUAACAAUUGCCCAGAAAAACAUACCGAAAGCAUUGAACCGUUUGAACGAUUGUAUAGAAAGGGCCCAACAGUUGGACUCGAGUGCUAUCACUAUAUUCGGUGAACAGACAACUGAAAUCUUUAAUAUCAUUGGUCCGGAAGCGGCAAAGUUUGCGGAAGAAAAAGCUAAAAAACAACAUCAGAUUAAUAAGUAUUUUGAGGAAAAAAAUAAUUUGAUUCAUCCGAUUGCACAGUUAAAUGGUGAUAUUGAAAAAUAUAAUCAUCUAAUCAAUGCAACCAACAAAUACUUGGGUCGGGUUGAGUCGGAAUUGGUUGAAACUAAACGCCGUACUGAGGAAAUGUAUCGAUUGAAAAGGGAUGCCCAGGAGUCCAUCAAAAAUAUACCGGACACUUAUAAAGUAGCCAAAGAACACACUAAAUCAACUAGUUUUUUAAACAUUAAUAUUUGUUCACAAACAUCAAUGAUUCUUGUUGAUGAACAUUAUCCGCAUAAAGAAUCCGAUUUGAAACACUAUGAAAAUGCUAUCCGCGUUCACGCCGACCAACUAAAAGUUAAUCAGGACAUCGAAACGGGUAAACAGUUAGCUAUGGAAAAACUAUCCAAAUAUAAGGCCGACUAUGAAAAACAAUUGAAUGAAGCGGUUAUACAAUUGCAACAAUUGAACGCAGAUUUGCCAAAUCAAGCGGAAAAAAUUGAUAAACAAAUUAAUAAGUUGUACGAAGAAAUUGAUGACAUAGAUAGGGAUGCAUUGGAAGCGUACAGUAAGUAUGGACUACAGGGCAAUACAUUAGUAGACUGUCUGAUAAGUGUCCGAACAUUUGCAAAAUCUAUUAAACCGGGAGCGUCGGCAUAUUCGCCCCUAUACUCUAUAUUAACUGGAAUUAAAUCAAUAGUUGAAUCGUAUGUUGACUAUUUGAGCAUGGGCACAAAAAAAUAUGAAAUAUUUAUGGCUGGCGAAAUGUUGAUGCGCCAGGUUGAAUUUCUAUCAGAAUAUAAUGUUAUGGCUAUCGACACGUUUGCACCGUCCGAUCAAUACAAGGAACAAUCAAAAGGUUUGGAUGACAAAAUGAACCUGGCUAUUACUGAAACCUAG